GUAGUGUAUUUUCGGGAGAAGGUUAGUGAUCAAGAAGUGUCAUUGCGGUAGCUUUUAUGUGUGUAUUUCCUUAUCACUGGCAGCGCCUGCACACGUAUAUGCUAGUUUCGGCGAUAGAUAAAUCCGUCCCCGCAGCAGAGAACGGACAAUGGCGCAAGCAACACCGAUAUUUUUCUCGUGUAUCCUUUGCUUAGUUUACGGAGCCUAUGGAUUUUAUUUGCCAGGCUUGGCCCCUGUCAACUACUGUAAGGCCACCGAACGUUCAGAAACAUGCAAGUCGGAGCUGAAGAUGUACGUGAACAGGCUGAAUUCAGAAAAAUUAGUUAUACCUUAUGAGUAUCAUCAUUUUGACUUCUGCUCUGCAGUGGGAGAUUCACCCGUUGAAAACUUGGGACAAGUAGUGUUUGGUGAACGUAUUCGUCCAUCUCCUUAUGAGUUGGAAUUUUUAAAACCUAUAAAUUGUAAAACUGCAUGUAAAAAAACAUACAGUGGUGGAGAUGAAGCGUCUGAGAAAAAAUUGGAGUUAUUGAAAAAGGGAAUGGCCCUUAAUUAUCAGCAUCAUUUUAUUGUUGAUAAUAUGCCAGUCACAUGGUGUUAUCAGGUAGAAGAUGAAAGACAAUAUUGCAGUACCGGUUUUCCUAUGGGAUGCUAUUUUCGAAUAUCUCAAACCCAACAGGAUACUUGUAGCAUUAAUAUCCGUGUUGGUGAUAAUAUGGCUUACACCAAACCAAAAACUUACUAUUUAUUUAAUCACUUGGAUUUUACCAUUACGUAUCAUAGUGGAAUAAAAGAGGAAUGGGGAACAAGUUUUAAAGAAAAUGGUGGUCGAAUAAUAUCUGCAAAAGUUGUACCACGUAGUAUUAAACAUGAUCCAAGUUCACCUGAUUGUGGAAGUAAGAUACCAUUAGAUAUUCCUGCUGAAAAUCUUGCACAUGAUCAAAAAUUAGAUGUUGUGUAUACAUAUUCAGUCAAAUUCCAAGAGAACAACACAAUUAAAUGGUCUUCCAGAUGGGACUAUAUUUUGGAAUCAAUGCCGCAUACCAAUAUUCAAUGGUUCAGUAUUCUAAAUUCUCUCGUAAUUGUUCUGUUUCUUUCUGGAAUGGUAGCAAUAAUUUUGCUUCGAACUUUGCACAAAGAUAUAACACGAUAUAACCAGGCCUAUUUCCAGAUAGAGUCAGGAGAAGAUGCUCAAGAAGAAUUUGGGUGGAAACUUGUACACGGGGAUGUAUUUCGUCCUCCAAGGAAAGGAAUGUUACUUUCAGUUUUACUUGGAUCAGGAAUUCAAGUUUGUUUUAUGACCCUUGUUACACUAGCAUUCGCGUGCUUAGGGUUUCUCUCACCCGCAAAUAGAGGAGCAUUGAUGACAUGUGCACUGGUAUUAUAUGUCUGCCUUGGUACUUGUGCUGGAUAUGUAUCUGCGAGAAUUUACAAAAGUUUUGGCGGGGAGAAGUGGAAUUUUAAUGUAUUUCUAACGUCUAUGCUGAGUCCUGGAAUUGUCUUCAGCUUAUUUUUCAUAAUGAACUUAAUUUUUUGGGCAAAAGGAAGUUCAGCGGCGGUUCCCUUUAGUACUCUUAUAGCUCUUCUGGCCUUAUGGUUUGGAGUAUCAGUUCCUCUGACAUAUAUUGGAGCGUAUUUCGGAUUUAAGAAACGGCCACUGGAACAUCCAGUAAGAACUAACCAAAUUCCUCGCCAAAUACCGGAACAGAGCUUUUAUACACAAGCCAUACCUGCGAUAGUGAUGGGUGGAGUACUACCAUUUGGAUGCAUAUUUAUUCAGUUGUUUUUCAUAUUAAACUCUUUAUGGUCAAACCAAAUAUACUACAUGUUUGGAUUUCUCUUCUUGGUUUUUCUUAUACUGGUAAUAACUUGUUCAGAAACAACGAUUCUUCUUUGCUACUUCCACCUUUGUGCAGAGGACUAUCAUUGGUGGUGGCGCAGUUUCUUAACAUCAGGUUUCACAGCGUUUUAUUUGUUGAUUUAUUGUAUACACUAUUUUGUCACGAAGCUGGAUAUAGAAGACGCAACAUCUACCUUCUUGUACUUUGGAUAUACAUUGGUCAUGGUAUACUUAUUCUUUUUACUAACAGGUUCAAUCGGAUUUUUCGCCUGCUUUUGGUUUGUGCGGGAAAUUUACAGUGUGGUAAAAGUUGAUUAAAUAUCUAUUUUUUCGUGCAAAAAUAUUGUAAAAUAAGUUUUUAUAAACGAAUCAUCUCAACAGAACCAGCUUUACUGUGGAUAUUUGACAGUGGCCGACUUGUACUUCCGUGUUAACCGAUGUUCACACGUGUGUAAAAUUAUGUUGAUAAAAAUGUAAGUCACGAUAAAAAUACGAACUCGGUGAGCUGUACAAAUUGGUCACCAAAUUACAAACGUAAUGUUAAGAUUUUUAUAAAUAGUCAAUUUUGUGACUGGUACAUGCGACACCCGCAUACAAUUAUCAUUUUUGUAAAUUAAAAUAGCUGUAAUAAUAGUAUUAAUAACGUUAUUCACGAAAAAUAAAGUCAUUUAAUAAUUUA